AGGAGUACCUCUGUUCAUUUUUUACAGCUCCCCGCUUCUCCAUGGCAACAUAGCUUAGUGUUCCCUGCAGAGCAGAGAAUCCGUUUUAUUUCCCGUCUCCUUCCCCCCUUCCUUCCCUUCUUCCCUUCCCCUGCCUUCCCCUCCCUUCCCCAUCCCUUCUCUUCAACUGGGCUUUCCUGUCCACGGACAUGGAUGUUUUGCUGGGCUUUGUCUGUCACCAGAGUGUGCAGUGAUGAGACCGGUGGCCACAGCACUUCAGCAAGGCUUCUUAGUGAAGGAUGGCAGAACGAGGGAACGCUUUGGGAGCCAGGGUGAAAAAGAAACGCGAUCAAACACCGCUCUCAGGUUUUUUCCAUAAGGGGGCAUCGAUGCAUGAGCUUACUGUUAUGUAAGCAGCCUCCAGGAAGCACCUCUGGCUUGCAUUUCUGACCAGACCAAAGGGCUGCUUGGAUUUCAAGAUGCUUAUAAAAGAGUAUCGCAUUCCACUUCCGAUGAGUGUGGAUGAAUAUAGGAUUGCCCAGCUGUACAUGAUACAGAAAAAGAGCCGAGAAGAGACAUGUGGUGAAGGCAGUGGUGUAGAGAUUUUGGAAAACAGACCAUAUACAGAUGGUCCUGGUGGCAAUGGGCAGUAUACCCACAAAGUAUACCAUAUUGGUAUGCAUAUCCCCAGUUGGUUUCGGUCUAUACUGCCAAAGGCAGCUUUAAGAGUUGAGGAGGAGUCAUGGAAUGCGUAUCCUUAUACAAGGACAAGGUAUACGUGCCCAUUUGUGGAGAAAUUCUCUAUUGAUAUUGAAACCUAUUACAUAUCUGACUCAGGAGAGCAAGCCAACGUCUUCAACCUUUCCCCUGCAGAGAAAAGGCAGACCAUUCUUGAUCCCAUUGAUAUUGUUAAAGAUCCCAUCCCUCCACACGAAUACAAAUCAGAAGAAGAUCCAAAGCUAUAUAAAUCAGUGAAGACCACAAGGGGUCCUCUGUCAGAAGACUGGAUCAAAGAGCACAAGAACAACCCUGGGAGAUACCCUAUGAUGUGUGCAUACAAGCUGUGCAAGGUGGAAUUCAGAUAUUGGGGGAUGCAGUCUAAAAUUGAGCGCUUCAUUCAUGAUGUUGGCUUGCGGAAGGUGAUGGUUCGGGCCCACAGGCAAGCUUGGUGCUGGCAGGAUGAAUGGUACGGGCUUACCAUUGAGGACAUCCGGCAGCUGGAAAAGGAGGCACAACUGAUGCUGGCACAGAAGAUGGCCCAGUUCAGCUGCAAUGAGAGCGAGCUGGAGCAGCACCUUCCCAAAGACCCUCUGGAUGAGAAUGAUACGGAAACAAAGGCCAUAUCUCCAUCCACCAAGGCGGUGGACACUGCUAGCAAUAUCGGUGAAGCCUUGCCAGGGAGAGUGCUGACCAAGCAGUGGUCGACGUCUUCCAAGUCCUCUUCAAAAAGAGGAGCAAGCCCCUCGCGCCAUAGCAUAUCGGAGUGGAGAAUGCAGAGCAUUGCAAGAGAUUCAGACGAGAGCUCCGACGACGAAUUCUUUGAUGCACACGAGGACUUGUCUGAGAAUGAAGAGGUGUUCCCAAAAGAAAUUACCAAAUGGAGUUCAAACGAUCUCAUGGAUAAGAUCGAAACUCCAGAAUCUGAAGAAGUACCAGACGAUCCAUGUCUUGAAUCAGCAGCAGAGUACCAUGUUGGAUCCAGCGUAGAAAGGCUAAGCAUCAUUGAGGAUGAGGUUGUGCCUCCACUAGUGCAGCCAAGCAAGAUCCAUGUCCUGCUCUUGGUGCUGCAUGGAGGCAACAUUUUGGAUACAGGAAGUGGUGACCAGAGCUCUAAGCAAGGGGAUGUCAACACCAUAGCCACCGCCUUUGACACUGUCAUUAGGGUCCAUUACCCAGCGGCCCUUGGGCGCAUAGCCAUCAGAUUGGUCCCUUGCCCAGCCAUCUGCUCUGAAGCAUUUUCACUUGUCUCUAACCUCAGUCCUUACAGUUACGAUGAAGGCUGCCUUUCCAAUAGCCAGGAUCACAUUCCACUUGCAGCACUUCCUCUGCUGGCCACAUCGUCCCCACAGUACCAGGAGGCAGUUGCCACGGUGAUCCUGAGAGCCAAUCAGGUGUACAGCGAGUUCAUCAAAUCCCAGGAAGGCGCCUCAUUCAGCGGCCAGGUGUGUUUGGUUGGGGACUGCGUAGGAGGGAUCCUGGCCUUUGACGCUCUGUGCUACAGCAACCAAACCAUGUCAGAGAGUCAGAACAGUAGCCGACGUGGGAGCGUUGUAAGUGUGCAGGACACUGACCUCUUGUCUCCUGGAAUCAUUGUGAACAACAGCUACUGCUCAGGGGGCUCCAGCCUGGAAGCCAGCCGCCACCUCAGCCGGAGCAACAUUGACAUCCCUCGCAGCAACGGGGAGGAGUCCAGGAAGCAGCUGCCGCGGAAGAGGAGCGACUCGUCGACUUACGAAGUGGACACCAUCAAGCAGCACCAGGUCUUCCUCUCCAGUUUACAUUCUAGCGCUCUAAAAAACUAUGCGGGAUCAAGGACAUCAAGCAGUUCCACUGUGCUGGAUGGAGGAAAUCUUGGGAAAUUUGAGUUUGAGAUCACAGACUUCUUCCUGUUUGGAUCUCCUUUGGGGCUGGUCCUCGCAUUGCGAAAAACCGUCAUUCCAACUCUUGACAUCUUCCAGUUGAGACCAGCCUGUCAGCAAGUCUAUAACCUGUUCCACCCUGCAGACCCGUCAGCCUCACGCUUGGAACCUCUUCUGGAGAAGAAGUUCCACAUUUUACCACCCUUUAAUGUCCCACGCUACCAGAGGUUUCCUCUCGGGGAUGGCAAUUCAGCCCUCCUGGUUGAAACAGUCCAGAGCAACCCUGUCCUCCUCGUAGAAAGCAGCCCACUGGUUGCUCUCCAGAACCACGACAGCUUCAUGGAAACCAGUAUCCCUGUUCCCAUCCUGAAUUGGCAAGAUAUUUCCAGUAAAAAUUCUGGAUUUGCUGAGUCGGAUGUUGUUCAGUCUCAUGGUGGCGUCUUCAUGGAAAGUGCAUCCCCUUCGGCUCCCAUUUCAGCCCCCCAGUUCAGGGGCUUCCGGAGAGCCAGCGAGGCCAGCAUUGCCAGCCAGGUCUCGGGAAUGGCAGACAGUUACACUGCUUCCAACAUAGCCAACAAAAACAAACACCAUCUCACCCAUUCCAGGGGGUUUAGCCUUCUAGCCCUGCUUGCCCUCCCACACAAGGCCCCCACCCACCCCUCGCCCAAAAGGCAUAGGGCACCUAAACCUGAAAUUUCCCAGAACCCCUUAGGAAGAAGGGUUGGGAGCUCCUCCCAUUGGGAAGUGGAUGGCAUUCUACAGAUCCCGGACCUGGACAUCGACAAAGUUGCUGCCAAAUGGUGGGGAACGAAAAGAAUAGACUAUGCUCUCUAUUGCCCUGAUGCCCUCACCGCCUUCCCUACGGUGGCCUUACCGCACCUCUUCCAUGCAAGCUACUGGGAGUCAACAGAUGUGGUUUCCUUCCUCCUCAGGCAGGUGAUGAGGCACGAGAACGCCAGCAUCCUGGAGCUGGAUGGGAAGGAGGUCUCUGUCUUUACUCCUUCUAAGCCCAGGGAGAAGUGGCUUCGCAAGAGGACCCACGUGAAGCUAAGGAACGUCACAGCCAAUCACCGAAUAAAUGAUGCUAUUGCCAAUGAGGACGGACCCCAGAUGUUAACUGGAAGGUUUAUGUAUGGCCCAUUGGACAUGGUCACACUCACAGGAGAAAAGGUGGAUAUUCAUAUCAUGACACAACCCCCAGCAGGAGAAUGGGCUUACUUUGACACAGAAGUCACCAACAGCAGUGGUAGGAUUUCCUACGUUAUCCCCGAAAACAGGCGGCUGGGCAUUGGCGUGUAUCCUGUCAAGAUGGUGGUCAGAGGCGACCACACGUAUGCCGACAGCUACAUCACUGUUCUGCCCAGGGGGACUGAGUUUGUGGUCUUCAGCAUUGACGGUUCCUUUGCAGCCAGUGUUUCAAUCAUGGGCAGUGACCCCAAAGUCAGAGCUGGAGCAGUUGAUGUAGUACGGCACUGGCAAGACCUUGGCUACCUCAUUAUCUACGUCACGGGCCGGCCUGACAUGCAGAAGCAACGGGUGGUUGCCUGGUUAGCACAGCACAACUUCCCCCAUGGGAUUGUCUCGUUCUGCGAUGGUCUGGUUCACGACCCACUGCGGCACAAGGCCAACUUCCUGAAGUCCCUACUCACAGACCUUGACAUGAAGAUCCAUGCGGCCUAUGGAUCCACCAAGGAUGUCUCGGUCUACACCUCCAUCAGCCUGCCGCCUAUGCAGAUCUACAUUGUUGGGCGGCCAACCAAGAAGUUACAGAACCAUUGUCAGUUCAUUACCGAGGGAUACGCAGCCCACCUGGCCCAGCUGGAAUACACCCAUCGCUCCCGCCCCGCCAAGAACACCACCCGGAUGGCUCUUCGGAAAGGCAGCUUUGGCCUCCCGGGCCAAACAGAAUUCCUGCGCAAGAGGAACCACUUGCUGCGCACCAUCUCCUCUCAGCCAGCCACGGCAGCCAGUGGAAGCAGUGGCUACAGGCCGGAGCGAACCCAGAGUCAGUCAGAGAGUGACCGGGAGAGGGAGAGGGAGCGCAGCCAGAGGAGCAUGAGCCUUGCCACAGGCUGCUGGGGCCGGAGCACAGCCUCCAGACUGGAGCCGGGGGGCCUGGGGCAGAAGUAGAGCAGCCGGACGGCAGCAGCAGGAGGCAAUCGUGCAUGGCAGCAGCAGCGGGGGUGAAACAACCCAGGCCUGUGGUGUGGGGUAGUGGGGCAAACAUGGUGCUACUCAUUGCCAGAGAGGCGGUCAUAACUUUAUGAGGCGAUAACAGACUGGUUUUCCCCCCCUCCAUGCAAAACACACAGGCCUUGGUGACGGGGGCACUGGGUUUUUGCAGAGCACUGUGCAAAGAGGAACAAGAAAACUGCCUUUUCAACCAGAGGGGCAUCAGGAAGGGGAAGAUGAAUACUUUGGCAGCUUCUGGGUGCAGCUUUUUCCUGCCCCCCCCCCUUUCUUACCGAGGUUUGGUGAUUGUAAAUAUGUGCCUCCUCAGCUUCUUAGCCAUCAGUCAAAGAUGCAAUGGAGGGCAGGAGCGUCCCAGUGCCAUGUGCGGGCAGAACUGGAGGAGUUAGGCGGGGGAGCCACAACUGUGGGCUUGUUCUGCUAUCUGAAGUGAAGGGAGCUGCAUCCUGCCACCACUUUGAUGCUCCACUUCUGGAAUCUGGAGAGACUCGGGUUGGACACAGGGAAGAGUUCAAGGCAAGCAAAGGAUGCUUAGAACACACUCCUAUUCUGCUAGGAAGCAAAGUCAUGUUGGCAAUGGCUAAUUCAAGGCAUCUUUGGUGCGAGAAACAUGGGAUCCGAAUAGCAGUUUGUUUUAUUUGGGUACAAUUUCCUAUGAUUAUUUUUAAGCGAACAUCUUAAAAAAGGAGGGAAAACAAAAACCAGAUUUUGGAAACUGGUGGAUUGUACUAAUGCAGAGAAAGGAUUUUAUCUGCUGCUUUCUGGUCCUUGGUGUAUGAGGGAGGGGGCAGGGUGAAAGAAGUUGGGCAGUUACCCAGUUACUACUUUGUACUUUUGGAAAGUACCAACAGUUAGUUUCAAGCAUCUAGGAAACAAAUAGCAGAGUGCUAUUUUUGCUCAGCCUAAAAAAAGCGAAGUCCAAAUUCUUCCCCACUCCGCCCAUUUCUCUUCUGCCUCUUGACCAGAAGGGAGUCCGUCCUUCUUUCCAACUUUUGCAAUGGCUUUCAGCGGAGGAUGUAAAUUUUGCUUUUCUUUUUAACUAUAGUUAUGCAACUGUAAAACCUCAUUGUUUUUAUUUGUUUUGCACUGAUAAUUUUUAGAAAGGAGGCCUAUUACUAUUUUAUGAAGCUACACCCUCCCUAUUUAUAGCGCAUGCCAGUCAAAUGUUGCUAAGCCAGGAUGCAUCUACCCAAAUGCAAACAUGCACACACACAGGGCUUUUCCCCACCAACAAUGUCAGGAGAUUUAAAAAGAACAAGUGCAACAAAUUGAGAGGUACAAACCAAGGGAAUGCGAUUUUUAAAAGGAGAGAAUAGACAUAUCUUAAAUUUCCCUAACUACUCUCUGUACAGGAGUUGCAGGUUUGAUGGUUUGGAUUUGCUGCAAAGUUCUGUGAAGUACAUUUGUGAGCUCUGCCCCAAGUUCUAAAGAACGUGCUUGGUUUACAACACCUUAUAGUAGCUGUUUGAGAAUGGGGGUAAAUUGCACAAGGGAACAUAGGCCUACAAGGAAGGGUCUGCACCAUCAUGCCACCUCACCCUGCAGAUUCAGUUUCCAGCUGUUGCAGAACACGGUUAGCCUGAGAUAAUGGACUAGUUCUCCAAGAGUUGGGGUUGCCCUUUCUUGCCUAUAGCUUCUGGCAUUUUUUAUAUUUGCACAGGUGUGCUUCUUUGUUCAGUGUUCCACUUUAUACGUAAAACAUUUCCCCCCCUAGACCAACAUCUCUUUCAUUGUUUCUUCUUUUCAAUACCAAGACUCGGCAGCACUGUGAAUUACAGCCUCUUUCCAAGCCACGAGGCUCAACAACUCACCCGGACGUGUAAAAAGCUACUUUGCUACAUGGGUUUCAACACCAAAUUUAAAAUGGUGUGCUCCAUCCAUAUGAAUGUCAUUGUCCAAAAGGGGUAAAAUCCAUUUAUUUAUCCAUGGAAACUGCUGCUCUUUUCAAAUGAAGCUUGCAACUCCCAACAUUUCUUAAAUGGUUGAUGAUGAGCCAUACUGCAAGAUUAUAAGCCUCUUGUCUCAGAUGAAGUCAACAAGAAAAUCUUGGCAAGUUUUUACUACUUUUUUUUUAAAAAAAACCCAAGCACUAUUGACUUCCCUUUCUCCUCAGCCUAGCUCUUUGCAAAUAUACAUCAAAAAAAUGAGUGGGUGGGUGUUUGACAUGCAGAAUCCACAUGGACUGCAUUAUAGCUCUUUGCCAGCUCAGUGUAUCAUCUGACCAUCAUCGCAAAAACAGACUAGGCGGCCACAUGAUCUGGAUUUGAGUUUCAUUGAUUUGGCCUCUCCCCUGAACAGUCAAGACAUGACAUGUACAUUAUCCAAACUUUGAGACAUUCAGUGGCUCGUUUUAGUGUGCGUGUGUGUGUGAGUGUGUGUGUGAGUAGAUAGUGUAAAGGGAAAAACAAUGUAAAAUGCCUGGAUACGGGUUGGGGAGGAAGUGGGUGAUAUAUAUAUAUAUAUAUAUAUAUAUAGAUAUAGAUAUAUAUAGAUAUAUAUAUAUGCGCGGUGAAAGUAAUUUAUUUUAUGUACAAAACCUAUGUCUGGAGGGAAAUAAACCUUCAGGUUUUGUUAACAUUUCAAGACCUAGCUUCCCCUCCCCCUUGUUUUCAGGCAUAAUUUACAACAGACUCAUUUUAUGGACCAAGUUCAAACUGUCCAAGGAUGCUAAAAGAAAUCUUCUCAUUGCCUCUCACCAAUCCAUAUUUGAAACAAGUGAUCCAUAAAAGGGACUGUCAUUCCUGUGUACACCCCACCCCCAGCCCUUGGCCAGGCAUCUCCUCUCUUCCAGCCAUUCUCCCUUGUUUCUUUUCAAGACGGUGGUUUUGUGUGUGUAAGGGGAUUGGGGUGGUUCUUCAUCCUUCUUUGCGAUUGUAAUAAUUUUGAAUUAAGUGAGCGGCGAGCAAGUGACAUUAUGGCUAGAGGCUUUUUUCAUUUUUUUAAGCUCUCCAGGAUGCCAUCAUUCUGGUCCAUGACUUAUGUAUGUAUACCCCUCGUGUGUUGUCCUUGAUGUUGAAAGCUGAACUUGCUACUCUGGCAUUAAACAAACAAUAGCAAUAGCUUCAUUAGAAAGUAGUGUGGCUCCCUCUGGAAUGAAUCUGGAGAGCAGCAUUCGCCAUCCCAGUUGGAAAUGCAAAGACUGAUUUGUGGAAUCUGAAGCCAUCUGUAUUUAAUGCUGUAGCCUCAGUGAUUGUCUUUCCUUGAGAUCAGUGCCCCAGAUCCAGUUUAUACCUUGAGGGCCAGUAAGUGUCUAUUAUGAGGCUGUGUCUCUGUGGCACUUUCUGACAGCUCAAUGGAGUGGGGAGGCAGGAAUGCCCCUGGAAAGGGCAGGUCUGCUAUCUCCUGCUGUGGGAACCUCAGGUGUGCAGACUUGCCCCUCUUCUCAGCCGGGUGAAUGGAUGAGUGGUCAGGGAGAAGAGUUUCAGUACAUUGCGUAUAUUAGAGCCACCUGGACGUGCCUAGAACUCAGCCAGUAUGAUGAUCAGCCUUUCCCAACCUGAGACCUUCCAGAAGUUUUUAGCUGCAAGGCCCAGCCAGCCAAGGAACAGGUAAAACUUGCACUUUUUGUCUUGGGAUCACAUAACUUCUGUUUGUUGUUGUCUUUGAAGUAUGUUUUGCAAGUAAUUUGGACUCUGAAGUGGUUUCCUCUUUUCAAAGACAGGGGAACAUAUUGGGGUGAUAUUUGAGGAAAGGAGUGGUCAAGAGAUCAGGAACUCCCCCCCUUGCAAAUAUUUAGAGGAGCUUGCACCAGCAACCUGGCGUUUGGGUGGCAUUUAGAAUUCCCACGAGAUCAAGUGCUCUGUCCACAUCUCCCCCAUCCUCCUGCCAUAAGCCAAGGAACUUUGCAUAAUGCAGUGCUGUAUGGUUUACAUCAUGUAUUCACACUGCACAAUUGGCGCUGCCUUGGCACACAACAAGAAUUUUGCUGAGUUUGGGUCUAUUUUUUAACAUAGACUUAAUUUACUCUUUUCAGAUGUUCCAUAUCAACAGACCUUGUGUUUGGGGGAAAGUUUUGCAGGGUAAUUUGGUGCUGAAGUGUUUUAAACUUGGCUAAAAAUGUUUAAAGGCAUCACAUGGGACUAAACUUUCAUUUCUUUUAAGCCAAAAAAGGGAAGCUUCUCAUCCAUAUGGAUGCAGAUGGGCAGGGGAAAUAAUUAUGCUCUGAAAAGCCAAGGUGGGUGUGGAGUUUAAUAAAGCUGACCUCUGCACAACCCCCAAGUUUGCCAGAGCAUGCUAAAUUUUGGAAAGCUCCUAAAAUGUUUGCAGUCUGAGAAAACAAAUGAAACAAAAGCACACACAUAGGUUCUAGGUGGCAUUCCUAUCACACAAUCCUAUGCAUAAUUACCCAGACGUAAUUUCCAUGGUGUUCUGUGGCCUUGCUCCGCAUUACUCCCUGGUAAGUGUGUUUAGGAUUGAAGCCUUAGAUAUCCAAACAUUACAAAAGGGCACUGACAACACCAGCCUGAUGGAAUGAAGCAGAUCUAGAUGGCGGGGAGUCUACCGGAGAAUCCCAUAAAUACCACCCAGAAUUCCAUUCAAAGAAAAUUAGGAUAUAAAUGUACAAAACAAUCAAUGGUUUGAUGGAAAAAGAGGCCCAACCUGUUGUAUACAUUCUUCCCAAACAAGAUAGCUUCCCUGUAAUUCGCACUGGGGCCAGUUAGCAUCUUUUGACAAGCCAACAUUAAUUUUGCUGAACGUUUUGUAUCUUAAAGCUAGCUGAAGGGAAGUUGUCUGCCAAAGGCAGGGUGGGGAGCGACGUCAGUUACAAACAAAACCCUCCUCCUCCGAGACAGUUUUAUCCCGGGCUUUACUGGAGUCAUCCCUCUCGUUCAGGUAUUUACCACCAUUGCUGCAGUUUUUCCUGUUAGUUCCAAAAGCAUUACAGUUUUGUCUCCCUCUCCUUCAUCACUGAGACCCCCACCCCACACUUCCUUCUCCUCCUGACUGUUACUCUGUAUUCAACAAUGUUCAUUCUGUUGAAUGGUGGGCGGAGGGCAGGCUUCUCAAAGAUUCGGCUGGAGGGGCAGCACUCCAAGAACGUUCCCUAUGGAAAGGUCACAAGGGCAAAUCAGCCCAGAGUCCAGCUACCUGCGUUUGUGUCUGCAUGAUCCUGUCUGUCUCCUUGCUCUUGUAUGUGAGGACCACCCUCUUCCUUGCUGGUCCUGCCGCCUCGUCCUGCCGCCUGGUUGUGCUUUGUAUAUGGUUAUCCCUUGUACGUUAACACCAAUUAAAAGAAACGGGAAGGCUC